UUAUUCAUCAUCUGUUGAAAUGUAGAUGACAUGUUCCUUAAUACAGCCAAAUACUGUAGCUGUACCGUGAUUCUAGAUCAAAGUAUCUAGUAUCCAUAUCAACAACUUCGAUAUCAUUCAACAUGGCAUCAUUCAUCAGUACAGCCUCGUCUACAUCCGUAUCGCGAUCUGGCUCGCGUCAUGGCCCUCAUUCGUCUUCUAAAUCCAUAUCCGUCGAGACACUAGUCCAACAUCUCCUUGAUGCUAAGCGAUCACUCUCCUCCAUGGGCCUUGUCCUACGCGCCAAUGAACUCGUCUACUCGGCACGACAAGCUCACGAGGAGGCUGCCAUCCUUACAGCACAAUCCGAUUUUAUUCGCCAGGCCAUCCUUGACCAAACCCUCCUCUUGAAUCGUCUACGAAGAGGCAUAACACGAACUUACGAUCACGGGAAGCGGGAGUUUAAACAGAUUCUUAGGACUUUAGAUGCCGCUGAUAGCAGACUCCAAGAUACGAUGAACGUCUUGCGAGAUCAGUUUGUAGAUAAGUCCUUUAGACCUGCUGGCGAGGAGCAGAAGAACUUGUUAGAUUUCAUAGACGAGUCUCAGGUUGAUGGAAUAAGAAACGGGCUGAAGGAUCACAUUCAAACGUUGCAGAACACUCAGAAAUCGUUCGAUGGCGACCUAUUACGUUUCGAUACCGAUAUGCGCUCACUCGACAAGAUCUUGUCUACCUCUUCCUCCCCGUCGCCAUCCGCUUCGUCUACAGUGCAAGUCCUACCGCGGCUUCUCUCAGCCAUGAUUGGAGAUUCUCAUGCCAUGGCCCAACUUCUUUCAUCCUUAACAAAACACUUCGAUCUCUGCGCCACUGCAGUUAGGACAACCGAAGGCGGAGCAGCCUUAGCUAGGAUCAAAGCUGCCGAAGUCACAAGUUCUCUGAGUGGAGAGGGGGUGUCGAUUUCUGGCGUAAUAGCGGAACAAGACUCGCACAUGCCCGACUACGAUCCCAUAUCCGCCGAAGACAGGGCUCAGAUGCUCGAAGUUGUUAUACAAGACGCGUCUGAAGUUGAAGACGUGGUUCGCGAACUUACCGAACGUCUCCAUUCUAUAGAGGAGCAUUGCGUGGGCGUUGACAACCGAAUAAAUCAAAUCAGAGAAACUUACUCCUCCACUAUUGAGGCGUUCAGAGUAUUGGAGGACAUUGGAUCACGACUUCAUAGCUACAUAUCGGCCGAAGUGGAGUUUCGCGAGAGGUGGAGCGAAGAAUGCCAAGCAAUCCAUGACAAAAUGGCCGAGAUGGAGGAUCUACGUAUUUUCUACGAUCGUUAUGCCAACUCUUACGAUGGCCUAAAAUUCGAGGUCGAAAGGCGGAAAGGACUGGAGGACAAAGUCUUGGCCAUAUGGAAGAAGGCGAAGGAGAGUGUAGACAAAAUUGUCGAGGGCGAUCGUGUAGAGCGAGAGCUAUUUCGACAAGAGGUCGCGGAAUAUCUUCCUACUGACCUCUGGCCGGGCAUGGAUGAUGCUAUGCCGAGCUGGGAAAUCGUGCCUGUUAAAGACACUAGGCCUGUUAGGCAAGCCGGAGCUGGAAGUGCGUCGAACCUCGAGAGAAGUGUUGUUCAAGCACCCGCAACCAAACUUCAUCGCUUUGCAGACCGGCGAUAAUCACUGGAGUUGUACCGUUAGGUCAGCAUUAUGUUUUGUCGGAGUUUAGAAGGGGCAGGUCUUGAUUUGGCGGUCGGUAUGUGUGAGGGUUAUUAUUUCCUGGCGGCGUUC